AUGAAACUUUUCUUCUACACCCGCCCUCUUUUGGCUGCGUUGGCACUUUGUUCUCAAGCAGCCGGGGCCAACAGCACCGACAAUUUGCCAACACUGCCAUUGAGCACCGAUUCCGCGUUCAACUUCAAUCUUCUCAUUGCGCUUAGCGACGCCCUUACGGGAGGGUCGGAUAUCGCUCCUGUCCUGGCCGCUGCUAAAGACCUCAAAGCCGGGGAUAUGGCUUCUUUCAGCGAGCGGUUCUACAAGCUCGCAAACCACACCAAGGCCCAGGCUGAGAGCCCACAAAACGCUGGCGACCCUAUCAAUGUUCGAGACACUUGGUUCUCUGCCUCGCAGUAUUUCCGUCGAGCCGACUUCUACCUGCAUGGCAACUGGAGCAACCCGCUUAUAAAUAGCCUAUGGACAGAGCAAACCGCAGCAUUCAACAAAGCAAUUGCUGCCUUACCUAUUCCUGGUCAGCGCGUUCGUAUUCCAGCUAUAGAGGGCAAUUUCACCAUUGAGGCUAUCUGGUACGCCGCAUCUGAGAGUAAAGACCGCAAACUGCCAACGUUGGUUAUUGGGAAUGGCUUUGAUGCUGCGCAAGAGGAUUCCUACCACUACUUCGUGGCGACGGCCCUGGCUCGGGGGUGGAAUUGUAUAACUUAUGAAGGCCCAGGCCAUCCUACUAUUCGCCGAGAGCAGGAUAUUGGGUAUAUUCCGGAGUGGGAGCACGUUGUUACCCCUGUAGUAGACUAUGUUCUCUCGGAAAAGUCGGACGUUGUGGAUAAAGACCGGCUUGCACUUAUCGGUAACUCUUGGGGCGGGUUCCUGGCUGCCCGCGCAGCAGCGUUUGAGCCCCGACUUUCCGCGGCGAUUCUCAUCGACGGUGUCUGGGACACUUAUGCUGGGUUCUCGACGAUGCUGCCCCCUGAUCUGAUGGCCAUGUAUGAGGCCGGCAACUACACGCAAUUCGACCAGGAGGUCCUUUCGCAGCGCGAGGCCGGGAAACUCGCCACCGAUUCGGCCUGGGCCCUGGAUUAUGGCCUGUGGGCGUUCCACACACACCUGCCCUCUAGCCUUUUCAACCAGAGCAAGGAGUAUGAACUGAAAGAUGUUGUGGAUAAGAUCAAUAUGCCCGUUUUCGUUGGCGAUGCUGAGUUUGAGACCACUUGGAUAGGGCAGCCGAAGCAGGUAGCAGAUGCUCUAGGCGAUAAGGCUACUCUGCACCGUUUUACUGGGGCUGCUGGCUAUCAUUGCCAAACUGGAGCUUACCAGGAGCUGACGAGGGCCAUUUUUGCCUGGCUGAAUAAGACUCUGGGCAAAGUGGAAGACAAGUCCUGA